GUGAUUCCACGGAGAAAUUUUCUGCUAAGCAAAUAAUGUCCCAAUGAAAUAGGAAGUUUCUAUUUACGCUCAACAAGCAAAACUUUUUUUGCUCACAAGAUUUUUCUUUUCACACCUGUGUGUAAAGAAAACGGACGGGUUAAUUAUGUUGUGUGACAAAUCUCUGGAAACGCAACGAAACAGUCCUCGUCAAGAAACGUUGCCAUUGACUGCAGGGUGUCUGUUGCUGUCCACACUAUACCUGUGAGAGACAGGCAUGAACUUUUCUUUUGGGUAUGAGUAUCUUGAAGUAUUUGGAGUGCUCUCGUAAUAUCAAUAUAUUCACAGGAAUGUAAGGAAAUAUUUUGUCUUGAAAUAUGUUCAAACAAACCGAUCUAAGUUUAGUACAAGCAGUAGGCAAAUACCAGAUUAUUAUUUGACAACAACAGAAAGGGGCCCACCAGAAAUUCAAUCUUAAUCUAAAAGUACGACAAUAACCAAAAUUGCUUUCUUCGAUCCAAAAUAUUUUCGCCCAAGAAGCCGUGCAACAAAUUGAUUGUGUACUUUUUCUAAUCGACUUUUUUUUGUCAAUUAGAAAUGACAAGAAAAGCCAUGAACAAAACGAAACAAUUAAGUCCUUCUUGUUUUUGGUCGGAGUAGUAUGUUCUUUUAUUAAAAAAAAAAAAAAAAAAGGGACCGGGACUCCGACACGGGACGUAGAAAUUAUCCAUAAUAACUUAAAUUAUGUAAUAUUUAUUUACAUGUACACUGUGAAAACUUGACGUUUCUUGGAGAAACAAAUAUCCAGUAUCAGAUUUCACAAAAUUACAAUUGAUUUGUUUGAGCUUUUUUAUAUAUCUUAAAAUCAAUACGCGGGGGAUUAAAUUGAAACCGUGGAAGCCGAUAAUUUCGUACAGUACACAGCAUAUUAAUACAAUUAGGUGGAUGGUUUUUCAGCACUUUUACAUACAUCCCCCCCCCCCUCCCCUUAUAGACGGAUCUUAUAUUUCACGUACUCUCCGUGGUCGAUAACAGUCAUUUCCUAGUCAGGCGUGGUCUUGAAGUUUCUUCACUUUAAAAUUUUAGUCGAGUGAUUUAAACGCAAUGAAACAUCGCCCAGUUCGUCAUGCGUUCUUUACUUUCAAUGAGCCAGAAAUUUCGAUUUUGUAAUCGUCAAAUUCGCGACAGAGGGUGCUUUUUGUGACAACCCUCCAAGCUUCCGUUAAAUGAGAGAGAGCAACACGGCUUUUAACCCCGAUUUUUCCAUUAAACUGAUUUGUACAGCAGAUAUGCUCUUUCAUAUAAAAGCAAAUUAUUCAAUAAUUAGGUAAUAUUGACCAAUUCUUUAGGAAUAGUUAAUGGGCAACAUUUUUCUGAUGUCGGGGAUUAGAAGAGAAUCGCACGGCGAGCGCUGCUGAGCCACGUUAGAUUUAAUCGAUCGGUUCCAUGCUAGACCAAAAAAAAAAAAUGUAUUACUUCUAAUGGAGGACACUGUGUGUGUUUUUUUUUUUUUUAUUAUUAUUAUUAUUUGUGUUGGAAUGUAUCUCAAAGAGAAACGAACUUUUAGCUGAUCAUCACUUCACCGCAAAACAUGCCGGGAGGGACACGGAAGAUGAGGCGCGACAAGGAGAUGGCGGCCGUGACCUACAACAUGAAGGAGGACCGUUGUCUGGAGAAAAGCAUGCAGACGCUGAAUCUAGAGCGCUCUUACUCCAUGAAACUACUGCAGCUGGACCACAGAAUCGUCAAGGUCAACUACAAACGGCUCAAGGACAAGGUAUCCAGAAUCCGUUCAUAUCUGUCUGUGGACGAAAUUAACGAGAUGAAACAAAUGGAGGCCGAAGGCAAAAUCAAACCGCUAAACACGGUGAAUCUGGGCAGUGCAAUAAAAAUCGCCGGUGCCGCAAAAAGACUCAAAAUUCAGGGACCCACGCGGGCAAAUACUUCUAUAACGUUGUCUUCACACAAAGGCAGCAGUGAGACGAUUAACAGUGGCCCAGUAAUACCUACCAAUAACCUCAGACGAAGUAACUCUGUGACGGGGGCUUUUAUUGAUGCCCCCGAACCGAACAUGAACAAGAGAAGAAACUCCACUGACCUAGGGAUGACUACCAUCAGACCACUUAGUGCUUUUGUAGAGGGUACUGUGAACACUAAGGUUCACAAGACAAAUCGCCCAGCCACAUCUCAGAUAGUGCAGCAAUCGUAUACUCCGCGGAUUAAUCCCAAUCCUACUCACUCGCCUUACUCAUCUCACACAGCGGUAGAAAAAGAGUUCCUCCCUCCGCCUCGGACGCAAGAGCGGACGUCCGGUCUCACGGACGACAUAGAUAGCAACCUUGGGGAUGACCUGAUGGAGGAAAGGCGGCAGGAAAUGAUAAUGGAAGAACACGAAAGAUUCGGUGAACUGGAAGAACGGAAAAAAGACUUCAUGAAGAGACUGGACGAUUACUUCAAAGAAAACCCCGUUCCUGAUUGGUCCAAUCCUCCGCCUAUCGUCAGACUUCCUCCAUCAGAGGAGGAGACGGAAGAUUCCGUCAGUACAUCCGGAAGUGUGAAGAAAGGCAUGAAAUACAGACUGUUACCAAACAGAAUUACAUUGGAAAAAACCUUCAAAAGUGAGGAGGAAUACAAGGCUAAGAUAUGGGAGCUAUGGAAAGAUCUGAAUAAGUGUCGUUAUCUCCGGAUUCCGGACGAGAUGCUGGAUCUCUCGGGAGUCAACACGCUAGCCAAGGACCAAAUGAAACUAUUCCAAAUGUUUCGACGUCAAGAUACAAGGUCCAAGCUCAUUAACACGUGAAAGAGAUAUAAUCAGUAAAUGUAUAACUUAUUCAGGAACAUAUACAAAGUAUGCGAGUCUUAAGGUGACGGGAUUCUAUAUUUUAUGAAUGAGCCCAUGGACUAAUCAAUGUUAAGGAACAUCAUGUUGUAGACAUAUGCGAUUGUACUUUCGUUUUACAAAUCUACUUAACAUAAAUCUUUCAUGUAUACUUGAGGUAGUGUACGGGGCAAUAAUUAAUGAAAUGUUCAUUAAGAAUUUGUUAAUUAUUAUACACAAUGCAUUUAUCAAUUAAACAUAUAUUUUGUUGGUUAUAUGAUACUAAUAAACUCUAUAUUGUUUUGA